ACCACGACCUCCGCCGCCGCCUCUACCACGAAACGACAUUCUGAAAAUACAAAUACAAAAAUGACAUCAAAGUCAAAUAUCGGGCGCCCGCUGCAAACACAACCACAAACAACUGAUAUCAACAAUGUUCAAAAUCAAAAUCAAAUCGCGCAAACAAAUCCAACGCGGAUUCCUAAAAUGACGCAAUUACCUCUUGUAAACGCAAAGCAAUCGCAGAAGACUAAAUUCGUGUCGUGUAUUAAAAUCAACGGAGUGCCCAUUUUACCGCCAUUGAUUACACCGGAAAAGCGCAAGGAACUGCGGCGUUUGAAGCGCGAGGCGAUAAAGGUCGAGAAACGCCUUCAACGCGAACGUGAACUUAAGCAAUACGUUUCAGAGUUGUACAACACAUGCACAACUGAAAUCAAUGAUGAACUACUAGUCAAUCAAGAAAUACAGACAUGUAUCUCAGACACAUUUGAAAUCACAGAUGAUGUUAAUAUAAUUAAUGUAACCAACACCAACGAAGUAUCAACAAAAGAAGCAUCGCCGAUUCAUGCAAAACGGAAACUUAGUUUCAACGUGCAAUGCACACAAUAUGUUAAUGAUGCAUUUAAAGUUGUUGUGUCUGAUGAAUGCAAGUCACCAGUAUUUUUAUUCGAAGGUAAUUUAACACCACCGCCAGCUGUACCUAAAUUAAUUCGCAGUAAUUCGUAUACACUGGACGCGCCAAGUCCUGCUCUGGUGGAAUUUUUCAAACGAAGAAAUAAUGCAGAAGAUGUAAGUGAAGCAACUUUAAUCAAAAAUGAUUUAGAAAUUACUUCCCUUGAUGCAACACCAAGAUCAGAUUAUUUAAAGAAGCCUGAUUGCACAUUGCAAUCUGAACUAAAUACUUCCAUAGAUUGUUUUGAUACGUCUAGAACUGAAACAGAGUUAAAGAAUUUAUCGGAUUGUGAAAGUCAUCUUCCGAUAUCCGAAGGUUUACAAGAGUUUAUCGCCAAUAAUGUGCCGGCGAAUAAUGCGCGCUGUGAUUAUGAUCAAAUGUCGCAAAGGUCUGAGAAUGUAUCGAGUGAGGCGCACUCGGAUUGGAAUUCGAUUUUAAAAAAGAUUCCAUCUGCUUACUCGCGUCAGAUUCUUGAGAUUUUGGAGCGACAACAAAUGAAUCACGAUAAUUACGACUCGUGUGAUACUUUUGAUGAUAUACAUUUGAAUCCGGAACAGUAUUCCACACCCCAGAACACAACACAAGUUGGAGAUACUGUUUAUUAUAGUGCUGAUGAACAAUCGACGAUUUCAAAAGGGAAGCAGAAACUAACACGUGAACAAGCUGCGAAUAUAAUAACGGCGGCUGCGAAGGGAUUUCUUGUUAGACGUUUGAUGAAGACCGAAAAGGUUGAGUAUUUGAUUCAAACUAUCAAUGAAGCUGUCUUAUGCGCCAUGCAAUUGCAUCAUGACACGUUAGAUCACAUUGAAGAAGCUGAUGUUGAAUUGCACCGCAGAUUAAUACAACAGGUUUCUGCAGCUUGUUAUUCGUUUCAUAAUGUAUUUUUUGCCACGUCAAUACAAGAUCAAAUGUCGUUUAUCGCGGUCGAUCGACAAAAGAAAGCAGAAAAGAUGCGUCGCCUUUCUGCCACCAAUAGUAACGCUUCCAUUAAGUCGCAGCAGUCACAAAAGUCAAGCAGAAGUCAAAAAUCACCCGCAAGCUCGAGACAACGACAAUUUUCGCUGCGUUCUUAAACUAAUUCGUUUCUAUAGACUGAAUUUUAGUGCCUUAACAAAGAAUUGAUUCAUUCAAGUGCUUGUGGAAACAAACUAAUUUUUUACUGGAUUGUGUUCAAUUAAUUUUUAAUAUUUUAUAUAAUUGCACAUUUGUAGGCAACCCAAUUUACAAGAUUCAAAUAACACAUGCAAUAAAAUUGUUUUAAACAA